AAAAAGAUAACCCAAUCUCAGCAAACGCAGAAUCUGAUGGGCGACAACGUGAAUUUUACAGAAAAAUCUUCACUGACCGGACAAGGGACGUGACCUGGAGGAGUAUGAAAUAAUUUUAUUGGAACGCUGUCCAUUUACGCAGUAAUAUUUGACCAGACAUGGCGCCAUCAAAGACGGAUUGCAACAAAAACAGCAACAGUGAAAAUGGACGCAACGGGGACGACGAGUCCGCCGCCAAGAAAGAACCGGUACGGAACGAAACGGAAGACUUUGACGUGAGCGAUUGCUUUACGAACGAUUUUGACGACGUGAACGGAGGCCGAAUGAUCGCGUCGAAGAAGAACGGUUCCUUCGUGAACAUCGAAGCAAGCCAGGAGAUGCCUCUAGGAGGUGGUGGUCAGAAGGAGGAAUCUGCGGCAGUAGAGCCGAAAGAGUCCAAGCCAACGAAAAAGAUGCUCGACGCGGCGAUCGUGAUUGACCUGUCGGAUGACGACGAGGUCGCUGGCGAGGACAGCCAGGAAUCGUUAGACUCGCGCUUCAAGCGGACCAUGACGCAAGCACGGUUGAACACCAAGAAAGAGGCUGACUGUGAGAACGAAGACCCGGACAUCGUGCAGCUGAAGAAAGAUCUCUACCAGAGUAACGGCGAAAUUGAUUACGAUGUUGACCUCGGAGAGGAUGAGAAGCCUGUCGUUAAAAUCGAGGCUGAACCUAAAGUCGAACCAAAGAAAGCAGAUCCACCUAUGGUGGUCAUUAAGGUGGAACCCCCAACCCCGGUGAAGCAGAGCAAACCUAAGAUAAAUCCGGUACCUAUUCCGACGAUUGAUCUGACAUCAUCCGACGAAGAAGUUGAACUACUCAAGAAAGAAGAGCCAGACGCGCAAGCAGCCUCCCCAGAAUGGAAAAGUCGGACGACCCACAAACGAAAAGCGAAAAACUCCGCAUCGAACACAUCAGUUUGCUCAGAAUACGUGGUAGUCAAAGCGGAGCAGGACAAGCUCAAGAUCCGCAGAAAGAAACGCAAGUCGAAGAAGCGCUCCAAGCGGCGAGAGUCUUCGAGCGAGUCUGAGUUGGUCGUAGAUUCGUUCCCCGUCGACCUCAAGAAACACUCUAAAUCCACAGAUCUCGUUGCAAAUUCCGACGAAGCAAAACCUGCGCCAGACCAGAAAGAUGUCGAGCCGAAGGUCAAAUCACCAGCUAAGCAGCAAAGUCCGAACCGAAGGCGUUCAAACGAGUCGGAUUACGUAAAAUCAACAAUCACCAAAGAGUUGGCAACUCCGGCGGACACCUCCGACCAGAAAGCGGAAGAGGAAGAAACUGGUCCGUUUGUCAACACCGACAUCGCCCUGGAAGAUCUUCUCAACGACUUUCUUGAAGAUGAAACGGUCCCGCAAAAUCCGUCCCAGGUGCUGUUUCCAACAGUCUCAACCGAAGAAGACAAGCUGCUGAACUCACCCCUCAUCGACUGCGAGCGAAUUCUUCUGGCCGAGUUGGACAACAUUUUGGAAGACGAAAAACUGCCGCUUCCCGACAAGAUCGAACAGCCCCCAGAGCAACCACUUUUCACGUACACGAUCUACGAGCCCAACUCCGCCGCCGCGACUCCACUCAACAUCACGGUGAGUGUCAAGCCACCGUCUAACCAAAAACCAUCCAGCCCAACCAAAGCCCCAACGCCACGCUUCCGGAUAGUCUAUGGCCGUUCAAAAUAUCCACCACCGGCACCUCCUCCCAAAAAACGACCGGGACGUCCCGCCCGAGCGGUACCGGAACCACCACCGAAGCCAUCGAAGAGCAAGCGGUACGAAUCCGACGAGGAGUACAUUCCCAGCUUUGCCCGGACCCGCCGGUAUCCGCUACGGCCACGCAGGGCGCGCCGAAGGGCACCCCGUGCGCGACUCGUUGCUCCUGCUCCCAACGGGUACUUUUUGACCGAGCUGCAGGUGCAGCCGGAACCGGAUCCAGAAGAGGAGGAGGAAGAGGAGCCACCGACGGUGGCAUGCCAGUCACCGUUGGCCGCAUCCGAUGGGGUGUACAUGAACAUGCCGUCGCUGGCGGAGGAGGAGCAGGCGGCAAACAGGGCACCUUCGGAGAAAUCGGGCCGGAAGCGUGGUCGCGCCCCGAAGCACCACAUCGAGGACUACUUUGGCUCGUCACCGACGCGCGACAAGAAGGACGAGACCCCGGCGACAGAGACCGCAUCGAAUGGUGGUGGUAAGAAGCCCCAGAUCAAGCGUCGCAAGAAGCGCUCACGCAUCAGCAGCGGCAGCAGCGAGUACGAAACCACGGCGACCGAGUCAACAUCGUUGGCCGGAACGAUCAGCACGAUCACGGCCCGGGAAGGAGAUGAGGAGCAGCUGCCAGUGGCGCCGGAAGAAGUGGCCCCACCCAAGACGGACGAAAUGCGCGUGGUUCUGUCUCCGCUAACGGACGCCAAGAUUGAAAAGUUGAGCAAGUGCAACACCCCGAAGAAGCACCGCGCGCUGUCCAAGGCGAGCCAGACCGAGCUGCAAGGACUGUCGUGGCGCAUCGACCUGGACCAGAUCGACUUCCAUUCGGAGUACUUUGAGAAGUUGUACCAACUCAUCGUGAAUGGCCGCGAGCUGCGCAACAAUUUACGCACCAGCAAUAGCAACAACAGCAACAAGUUUGAGGGCGUCGUCCUGGUCGGUCGUGACGCGGUCCUGCCUCCGACGCCACCGGAACGAUCGCCGCAGAGACCGGUUGGCAACGGCCGUGCGCGUUCCGUCAUCGAACAGUUGCUGUUCCAGCGGGCGGACGAGAUUGAGUUCGAGUCAAGUGCGCCGGUUGAUCCGGCGGCCCGCGAACGAAUGGAACGAAGCGUCCGCUCCAACUUUCGCAUUCCGAAGAUUGCCAAGCAACCGUCCCGGUCGCCGCAGGACGUCACCUCAUCGACGCAGCACGACAACGAGCAGCAGCACUACCAAGAAAAUGAGACCCGCCGGUCGUCGAGUGGUGGUUACAGCAAUGAUCGGCACGUCGUUGCUUCCGAUGCGCGCCGCCCCGUCACCGUCGGAAGUCCGUUGCGCAAUCCGAAUCGACCGGAAGCGGCAGCUCCAACCAUCGACCCCCAACCUGCUGCUCGCCCAGUGCCCAUCAUGCGGCGCACCAUUCGGAAUGACAACGUUCAACCGCCGCCACAGCCAACAGUCGCGCCACCAACCCCGGCGCAGCCGCAGCCCGUCGAGAACGGAUUUUCCACGUACCGGCCGCCAGAGCAAGUACCGGCCCCGCAGCAACAAUACCGAGCCAGUGCCGGCAACAUGUUCCAGCCCCCACAGCAGCAGCAGCAGCAGCUCGGCGGUUACACGGCUUCCGGUCAGGAGAUGGACGUGAAACCGAACAUUUCGGCGUUGAUGAAUCCGGCCAACAUGCUCGGCACUGCAAUGAUGAACCCGAGUCGCUUCUUCGACUCGCUCUCGAUGGUGUACCAGGUGACCAUGAUGCAAAUGAUGCAGCAGCAUAUGCCGUUCCCCGCGAUGAACCCCGCUGGGCAAGCGCCGUUCCCUGGCCCGUCGGUGGCACCGACUGCCGCCAACAUGGCACCGCAGCCACAGCCUAUGCCAGCGCAAAUGAUGCCUCCGCCGCAGCCGACGCCAUCGUCGAGUGCGGGACCGCGAUUCGCACCGGACCCCGUCCAGUCGGACGAAGUGUCCGAUCAGAUUUGCCAAAUCUUUGGCUGUAUCGACCACCUGAAAGGUCGCUGCAUCAAGAAUCCGUGCCAGUACUCGCACACGCUGCCCAACGAAUCGAGCCUGCUCCAGAUGCUUCUGGGAAGCGCCCAGGACGUGGUGAUGACCACCUACCAGUUCAUCGUCGGCCAGGACAGUCUGUUCUUGCGCUACUUCCCCGUCUACACUGAGGUCAUGGGCCGGCGCAACAUGCGACACCAGCUGGUCGACGCCGUUCCACACUGCGAGCAGUCCAAGCGCGCCUUUUCCCACUAUCGCUACAUCGUCGAUGGCCUAACCAUCAACGGCACGCUCACCCGCUCCAAGGCGGUCCAACUCGUGCUGGAAAAACACCGAAAGAUCAACUUUGACCAAAUCAACGUCCUCAUCACCUUGAUGCUCGACACCGGCGACGACAUUCCACAGUUCCUCCAGUGGUUCGAACAAUUCGCCCAGGUCCAGGACUACCACUACGAAAUUCCGUCCAUCAAUCGGCUGAUCAAGUUUUGCGUGCGGUGCUCCCGUUCGGUCGACGUGGCCAAGCUGACCUACCGGCUAGUCCUUAGUGUGGCCCCCGGCAAGGAACCCUUUGUCGACACGGACGCGCUGUCCGAGUUUGUCGAGCAGCUCAUGAAGUCCAAGCUGGGGUUGGACCUGGAGAAGAUCCGGCUCAAGUACCGGGAGAACGAGCUGUCCUGCUCGGCUAGGCGUUAAGAAGGCGGGAAAACUGUUGUCUCGUCCACUGGGUGGACGAACGAAGAGACACGUUACCGCGUAAGGUUAAGGCCUUUCUUUCUUUUUUGUUUGCGUUUGCAAGAUUUUGACAAGAAGUCUGAUGAUAUUGUUUUCCGAGCUCUGUUCGGAACUGUUGUUACAGUUAACUUUCACACUCCUUUGACAUACCACACCGGUGUGGUAUCACGCUGUAAAUUCAAGAAUAAAAACUACGUUUAACGACAAAAUUAA